CCAUUUUGCGGACGCACAACAUAACCGGAUGUGUACGGGAAGUUCUUUUAGCAUGUUGCACUUACAACGUAAAUUUCUUGGGCUGUAGUUGAUAUGAGUUCAUUUUAAGAUCGAGUUUUUUUGUUCGUGACCAACUAUCGUGAUGGAUAACAAGAGAAGAGACAAAAGAUCUCCUGUUCGCGAGGGAAAGCUAAAAGUUAAAGAGGAAAAACUCAGUCCUGCUAGGCCUCAGAGAUCACGCCGCUCGAGUUCAGGCUCCGACCGCAGCAGUACGAGUCCUCCGCCGAGGAGACGGGACCACAGAUCGCCGGUGAGAGAAACAGACAGAUCACCGGGGAGAAGAGAUCGCUUGUCGGGAAGAUCAGCCCGAGAAAGGAGGAGCCGAAGUCCAUACCAGGGAGCUGAUAAUAGGAUAAAGCGGGAAAAAGAGGACCACAAUGAAAGGGGAAUUAAAGUAGAUGAGCGACGUGUGAAAAGGGAGGAACCGCGGCAUCACAGACGAGACCGUGAAAGAGGCCAGGAGCGGCAAAGAGACAGGUCUCGAGAGAGAGAUGCACAUAUGUACCAGCAGCAGCAAGCAGAAAGGGAGCAGCAAAACGAGCGGCGUAGAGAAAACCGCCAGAGGCAGGAAGCAAGAGAGGGAGAUGAGACACAUGCCUUUGGUGGUGAAGAGAAUAAAGAUGAGGCCCCAGCUGCUGAGAAAGAAAAGCCCAGCUUUGAACUCUCAGGUGCUCUGGUUGAAGAUACCAACACAUACAGAGGGGUGGUUAUUAAAUACAACGAGCCUCCUGAGGCCAGAAUUCCUAAAAGGAGGUGGCGGUUAUACCCCUUCAAAAAUGAUGAACCACUUCCGGUGAUGUACAUCCACAGGCAGAGUGCUUAUCUGCUUGGAAGGCAAAGGAAGAUCGCUGACAUACCUAUUGAUCACCCCUCCUGUUCCAAACAGCAUGCUGUAUUCCAGUACAGGUUAGUGGAGUUCACUCGAGCAGACGGCACCACAGGCAGGAGAGUGAAGCCCUACAUCAUUGACCUGGGUUCGGGUAACGGCACGUACCUGAACAAUCAGCGCGUUGAAUCUCAGCGCUACUACGAACUCAAAGAGAAGGACGUGCUGAAGUUUGGCUUCAGUAGCCGCGAGUACGUGCUCCUGCACGAGUUUUCUGACACGGCGGAGGUCGACGCUAAGAACGAGGAGGAUGAGGAGGAUGAAGGUCUUGAUGAAUAGUCACCGCUCAGUCUACCAAAGUACUUUUGUUUUAACAGACUUUUACAAAGAGCUCAGACUGCACAGACUCGAUCGCUGUGAUGGACACCAGGUGUCCAUGGGUUUUGUGGUUUUGUUGUAAACAUUAUUUUGGUGAAUGAGGUUUAUCAAGAAAUACACUGACUGCUCUCUGUGUAUAAAUGUAUUCUCAGGUGGACAGCAUGAGCAUCAUAUCAGACAGCUUUGUGUUGUCUGGUGCUGCCCAGUGUAGUCCCUAUUAUAAUCCCAAGUGCUCAAUGCCAGAACAAAAAAUAUAUUUUUUGGAUAAUUUGUUGUCAAUGAACAUUUAAAUUCUGUAAAUAUCCUGGAUGGUAUCAUUUUGUUUCUUUUAGUUUGUCAUUUUUAACGAUGCGAAAAAUGUCCUGUUUGUAGACUUUGUUUUUUGUUUUGGCUAAAUAUUGCAUAGUAGUGACAUUUUGUUUUCAUUAUUCUUCUACUACAAGGUUAUUACAUUUUUUUUUCUUUCAAAUACUGAGCUACAAAAUAUUGCGUAUGUGUUUGUUUUAGAUGUUUUGUAUUGUACAAAUAAAACCGGGAAAGAAUGUGGUCAUUUUAUUCAUUUAUUUAUAUCUAUGGCUUCGUUGUAGCCUUUUCAGUCACUUGCUACAGAGAGUUAUGUAUAUCACAAUUCAACAACUAAAGAAAUAAGCAGCAAGUUGAAGUUCAGAGAGAGAAAAUAAUGUCACUAUGCUGU